AUGGAUUCUGAACAGAUUCUGACAGAUUUGUUGGAUGGUGACAAGGUUGGCAUAGGAAGUGGUUCUACAGUUGUGUAUGCAGUGGAAAGGUUAGCUCAGAGAGUCGGUGAGGAAGGUCUACAGGUGACUUGUGUUCCUACUUCAUUCCAAGCAAGGCAGCUGAUAAUACAAAAUAAUCUGAAGCUUUCUGAUUUGGAAAUAACUCCAGAGCUUGAUGUUGCCAUUGAUGGUGCUGAUGAGGCUGAUGCAAACCUUACUCUUAUCAAAGGUGGUGGAGGUUGUCAGUUACAGGAGAAGAUUGUGGCUUCGGCUGCUAAGCUAUUUGUAGUUAUAGCUGAUUAUAGGAAAGACUCUACAUCUCUUGGUGAACAGUGGAAGAAAGGUGUUCCUAUUGAAGUAGUGCCUAUGGCAUAUCGACCAGUGCAGAUGAAGCUGGAGUCCCUCCUAGGAGGUAAAGCUGUAUUGCGAGAAGCUAAAUCAAAAGCUGUAAGUUGAAUUUUUGGAAAACUU